CGAACAACGACUUUCAUCUGAAAUCACAUCUGUGAGCUGUAAACCAAGUAGUAAUAUGUGUGUGUUUAGAUAGAUGUGUGUGUGUGUGUUCAGAAGCUUAUUUUUUCGUAAUCUGAAAAAGCGUGAAGAGGACCAAUUGUUUUAUUUUAUACUAGCAAAAUGUUGCAAAGCAAUUGUCAGAUUUCAUAUGUUUCGUAGAUGUGCUCUUUUUUAGAUUUUCGAAUUAUAAAAUAGCCAUAGGACAUUUCUAAGCAUGAGAUCUAAGUCAUAUUUGACAUUAAACAUUUCAUUGCCUAUGAAGAUGGGGAUAUUUCCAAGCCUUUUCUUACUUCUGAUUAGACUACAUAAUAUUUUUGCAGAAAACCAUAUAGUUUGUCCAGGUGUGCCAUUUGAAAAUGUUUUGGUUAAUCCAAAGUCUACUCCAUAUGGCUAUUUGUCUGCUGGUAGAUAUAAGAAAGUUCCUGCUGUUGAAACAUUGAGUGAUUGUGUGGAGGCAUGUUGUGAUGACAAUACUUGUAAUGUGGCCUUUCUUUUUAACACAUCUUGUUAUUCCAUUCAUUGUCGUAGUUACAAGUUAUGCAAGCCUCUUAAAAGAAAAGGAAAGAAAUUUGAAAAUUCUUUUGUGGUGAUUAUUCGCAAUCCAGAGGAAAAAUUUAUGUUUGAUGAUGAGUUUAGUGAUCCUGUUAAUGAAGGGUUAACAUUUCAUGAAGAUUUUUAUUCCGAUGAUACUGAUGAUGUUGAUUCGAAAGGCAUUUCACAAUCAUUAUUUGAUCAUAGUGCCUCAACGACAGAUCAUUUUACACGAGUACCCAAACCAUGUGUCUUUGGAAUGGGAAAUGACUGUCCUGAGUAUGAACAGUGUGUUCCAAAAAAUAAUCGUGCUCGCACUGGAGUUUGCUCAUGUGAAGAUGGUUAUAAUAGAGAUUCAUUAGGUCACUGUAAAAGAACUCGUGCUUCAUCUAAUAAGAAUCAACAUAUUACAAUUUCACCAUCUACCGAAUCUAAUCAGGCUUUAUCUCAAAAGAAAAACAAAACAGAUAAAAUUAUAUCGACAACAGAAUUACCUGUUCAUCGACUUGUUGUUUCUGCUGGGGAUAAUGUUACUCUACAGCUCCCUGAAAAUGAAGUUACUCUUUCUGCCUAUGCUUUAAGACAGGAAGAAGGUGAAGGUGAUAAUUAUAAGUAUGAAUGGAAUUUGAUAUCUCAUCCAGAGGGUGAUGAAACAGGUACAAUGCAAGACCAGAAUACCAAAAAUUUAAAGCUGUCGAAGUUAAGAGCGGGCCUUUACACAUUUAAAGUUACUGUAUCUUCUUCUAAUGCUGUUGGGGAAGCGAUGGUUAAUGUGACUGUUUUGCCACCAUGGGAAUCAGUACUUGUGAACCGGUUCAAAUCAUCAGGGUGUCUCAUCAAAGUUGUUCGAGCAG